AUGAUGGACGAUUCCGCCACAGCGCGUGAUCGUCGAGGCUUAUGGUCUAUGAUUAAAGAAGGCUACGAAGGUCUUGUGCUUACGGUGAUUCGGCCCUUGAGAGCUCAAUAUACGCCUUCAGAGCUCGGUCCAAAGAGUACAGAGAUUGGAAAUGUGUUAGUGAAACGUGUAGAUCUACAGCUUACAAAUUCAGCAGGCUUGACACUCGAAUGUAGCUGGUGGAAGCCGUGCAAGCUUAAAAAUGAUCAAGAAAAGACACUGGACAAACGUCCGUGUAUUGUGGUGCUUCAUGGUAACAGUUCCUGUCGCCUUGGAGCUCUGGAAAUUGUCAUGUACGCACUACCAGCAGGCUUUACCGUGUUUGCACUGGAUUUCUCUGGCUCAGGUAUGUCGCAGGGCAAGUACGUGUCUCUCGGGUAUCAUGAGCGAAACGAUAUUGCUACAGCUCUUGAGUAUGUAAAAAGUACGGAAGAAGCCUCGCAAUUGUGUCUUUGGGGACGUAGUAUGGGAGCAGUAGCGGCAUUGUUGUAUGCAGAGUUGGAUCCAUCAGUGAGUGCGAUGGUGCUCGAUUCGCCUUUUUCAAGUUUACCGAAAUUAGCGACCGAGCUAGUGGAAGAUGGAAAGCUUGGUGUGCCCAAAAUUGCUGUGAAACUGAUUAUGAAGCUCAUACGACGGGACAUUAGAAAGAGAGCCAAGUUUGACAUGUUUAAAUUAAAGCCCAUUGCGAAAGUUCACAAGUGUGCUGUACCUGCUUUUUUUGUGGUGGGCCUGCAAGAUGAACUAGUGGGACCACACCACGGUGAAGCGCUGUACAAACUUCACAACGGUCCGAAUCAGUUGUUCAAGUUUCCUGGAGGUCACAAUAGUCCGCGUCCGUUCAAUUUUUUCAUCCAAGCGUUGCAGUUCUUACGAGUUAUGGUUGGCCUCAUGCCGCUACCAGAUGAUCUGUCGACUUUUAAUUUGUCACCAGUGCAGCGACAGCAAGCACUAUCAAGAGAUUUGAAUAAAAAACUGUCUCCAAACCUCAAAAGAUCAUCGCAAUUGUACAAGAAUCCACUGGAGCCGAGCAUAUCAAUUGAGGCUGUGCACAAAAUGUCGAUAAAGGAGUUGAAGCAGUGUAUUGAUCGCGCUGGAUACAGCGAUGUUACGUGUAUUGAAAGGAAAGACAUGGUGGAUCUUGUUCUUAAGCUGUAUGCUCGCUAUAGACGAUCCAGCAAACAAGCAGCCGAUGACAGGCAGCAGCCUUCGGCAGUGCCAGUAUGUGAAGAAGAAAGGAAAAACACUACGUUAGCUUAUCUACAAACAGGUUCGAUAUCAUCACCAACAGUCACUCCCGAUGCUACUGGUGAUACAAGAAUAGCAAGGAAGAGCUCAUCUACAUUUUAUGAACGCCGCCGUAGCGACAGCAGUGUGUUUGCUGUAGCUGAUGCAAGUGCCGUUAUGUUCGAUUCAGCGACUUUGACUACUUCGAUGAAAAGUGUCACAUCAAGUAUUCUGUCUGAUGCAGAAUUGGCUCGACGAUUGGGUAUUGACCAGUCUAGUGGCGGAGAGGAUGAGUCAGUCACGGACAAGUUAACAAAAUAA